UUUUGCUGUGAAGAAAUUGUUGAGCUGUUUGGACACAUUUUGGUUGUACUCCAUAUUAUCAUACUUCUAAAGUACUCUCUACUCUCUAUACAAGACCCCUGGUUUUAUGUGUAGUAUAGUUUUCAUUAUAGUAUAUGGUAAUAUUAAAAUAGAUAAAAAAAUCUAAACUCUGCAUGCUAUUAUUCUAUAAAUAAAUAUUUUAAAGACAUAAAAGAUCAGAGAUAAUUCAUUUAAUAGACCCUUCAAAGAAAGGUAUGUUUGUGGAAAACAUGGUCUCUGUCAUUCAGCAGCAAAAACAAUACAAAGCGGGGCCUCUUCUCACAAAUGCAACCACCGCAAAUCACGAUCUGUUGAAGGUCCCUUUGAAUUGAACUAUACACGGGGCCUCUGCUCCAUGUUGCUCUGUCAGGAAUUUGAACAAUGGGGUCAUGUAUCCUUUGGGUGCGAGGUCAGGUAUAAAAGCAACAGGGGGACAUCAAGAAAACUGUGCAGUCAUUUUGAGCCAAAACAGUUGUAACUGUAGCCAUGACCAUGGGCAAGAUCAUCUUCUACGAGGACAGGAACUUCCAGGGUCGUUCCUAUGAGACCAGCAGCGACUGUGCUGACAUGUCCUCCUACCUGAGCAGGUGCCACUCCUGCAGGGUGGAGAGCGGCUGCUUCAUGGUCUAUGACCGCACUAACUACAUGGGAAAUCAGUUCUUUGUCAGGAGGGGAGAGUAUUCUGACUACCAGCGUAUGGGCAUGAGUGAUUGCAUCAGGUCUUGCCGUAUGAUCCCCAUGCACAGAGGCCAGUUCAGGAUGAGGAUCUAUGAGAGGGAGAACUUCGGUGGUCAGAUGCAUGAGCUGAUGGACGACUGCGACAACAUGAUGGACCGUUACCACAUGUCUGACUGCCAGUCCUGCCACGUGAUGGACGGCCACUGGCUGAUGUAUGAGCAGCCCCACUACAGAGGCAGGAUGAUGUACCUGAGGCCUGGAGAGUACAGGAGCUUCAGGGACAUGGGAUACAGCGGAAUGAGGUUCAUGAGCAUGAGGCGCAUCAUGGAUUCCUGUUAUUAGU